AGGGAGACCAGGGCCUUUUCUUGAGAGGGGAACAGAGAGGUGGCCGCAGCAUGGAGUCCAACCACACGCACUGGAGCCACGACCCCAAACAGGCUUCGUUCAGCCCCGUGACGAUCGCGUCCAUGGCCAUCCUGGGCCUCACGUGCUUGCUGGGGCUGCCCGGGAACGGGCUGGUGCUGUGGGUGGCUGGUUUUAAGAUGCGGCGCACGGUGAACACCGUGUGGUUUUUGCACCUCACGCUGGCCGACCUCCUCUGCUGCCUGUCCCUGCCCUUCAACAUGGCCUACGUCCUCCAGGGCCGCUGGCCCUUCGGCUGGCUCCUGUGCAAACUCAUCCCGUCGGCCGUCAUCUUGAACAUGUUCGCCAGCGUCUUCCUGCUCUCCGCCAUCAGCAUCGACCGCUGCCUCGUGGUCCUCAAACCCAUCUGGUGUCAGAACCACCGGCGGGUGGGGACGGCCCGGGCCGUGUGCGGCUGCAUCUGGGCCCUGGCUUUUCUGCUGUGCGUGCCCGUGUUCCUCUACCGCGACACGUUCGUGGAGGACCAGCAGGAGGUGUGUGGCUACAACUACGCUGUCUUCGAUCCUGUGGAUCACGUCUACUCAAUGCCCUUCCCGGACAGCGAAUCUCUGGAUCACCUGGCGGUGGACAGCGAAUCUCCGGAUCACCUGGCGGUGGACAGCGAAUCUCUGGAUCACAUGUUCAACGGGUCCACGGAUUCCUACCGUCUCCCCCCCAUCCGGCUCCUCCCCGACCAAGAGGAGGCUUUGCUGUCCCCCAGCGCCCUGGAGGAGUAUCCCUACCUGCCCGACUAUGUCUUUGGGGGGCCGUACGAGGUGCCCACGGAGCUGGUGGUCAUCACGCUCACCAGGCUGGUGCUGGGCUUCGCGCUGCCCGCCCUCGUCAUGGUGGCCUGCUACAGCACCGUGGUGAUCAGGACGAGGCGCAGCGUCUUCUCCACGUGUCCCAAGAAGACGUUCAAGGUGGCUGUGGUCAUCGUGAUCGUCUUCCUGGUCUGCUGGGUGCCCUACCACGUGGUCGGGGUGCUGUUCCUGUUCAGGGAGGCCGACCUGCCCGACAGGGAGGCGCUGCUGGCCUGGGAUCUCUUCUCCGUGGCGCUGGCCUCGGCCAACAGCUGCUUCAACCCCUUCCUCUACGCCUUCCUGGGCAAAGGCUUCCGGAAGAAGGCGCGGCAGUCGCUGCGGGGGAUCCUGGAGGCCGCCUUCAGCGAGGACCUCACCCCGUCCACCAGCGCCUCCCAGCCCAGAGCCAGCGUGAGCACCGGGGUGUGAGCCCCGC